GCGUCUUUGGAGGAAGAAGUAAAGUCCAAGUUGGACUUUUUGCACCAGAAAAAACGACACGAGUCGGAAAUCAACGAACUGGAAGUAACGCUGGAUCAAGCAAACCGGAUGAAUGUAGAUGUGCAGAAGAACAUCAAGCGUUACAUUGAACAAAUAAAAAAUCUUCAAGGGCAGCUAGACGAAGAGCAGCGAAGUCGGGAUGAGCUACACGCCAACACUAUCGCUCUAGAGAAACGUCUGGCUCUCGUACGGUCCGAAAACGAUGACGCCAUGGCUACGUUCACAAAAGUAAUAUGCAGAAAUUCAUUCAGUGUGACAGCAAAAGCAUUUUUCACAUGUUGA